UCCAACACUCCACACACAUUCCUUCUUUUUCAUCAUUUAAAACUGCUCCAAAAACCACUAAACCCAACCAAAAAAGGAACAUAGGAACAAAAAAAAAAACACCAAAUCCAAUGUUGUCAUCUCCAAUUCUUGUCUCUCUAGCUCUCCUCAUCUCUCUCCCACUCGUCCUCUUCCUCUCCCAACAACUCCUCCCACAAUUCACCUUCCCUUUCUCCCCCGACGCCGACGACCUCGCUCUCUUCCACCGUGCCACAACCCACACCACCACCCACUUAUCCACCCUCACAAACCCUAAACCUAAAAUCGCUUUCCUCUUCCUCACCAACACCAACCUCACCUUUGCUCCUUUAUGGGAAAAAUUCUUCACCGGAAACAACCAUCUCUUCAAUAUAUACAUCCAUGCAGACCCCACCACCUCCGUCGUCUCCCCUGGCGGUGUCUUCCAUAACCGUUUCAUCUCUUCCAAACCAACCCAACGUGCCUCACCAUCACUCAUCUCCGCUGCCAGACGUCUUCUAGCUUCUGCGCUCUUAGAUGAUCCGCUUAACCAAUACUUUGCCCUAGUUUCUCAACACUGUGUUCCGCUCUUGUCGUUUCGAUUCGUUUAUAACUACCUUUUUAAAAAUCAGUUAAUGUCGUUAGCGAGUUUCUCUGACUUUAACUUGCUUUACCCUAGCUUUAUUGAGAUUCUCUCUGAGGAUCCGAAUCUCUACGAGCGUUAUAACGCUCGUGGAGAGAAUGUUAUGUUGCCGGAGGUUCCAUUUGAGGAUUUUCGGGUUGGUUCGCAGUUUUUUAUCUUGAAUAGGAAGCAUGCAAAGGUUGUGGUGAGAGAUUAUAAGCUAUGGAAGAAGUUUCGGAUUCCUUGUGUAAAUUUGGAUUCUUGUUAUCCAGAAGAGCAUUAUUUUCCCACUCUUUUGUCUAUGGAGGAUCUGAAUGGGUGUACUGGUUUUACACUGACGAGAGUUAAUUGGACUGGUUGUUGGGAUGGACAUCCUCAUCUUUAUACUCCGGAGGAGGUUUCCCCGGAGCUAAUUCGACAGCUGAGGGUGUCGAAUUCGAGUUAUUCAUAUCUAUUUGCGAGGAAAUUCUCGCCGGAGUGUCUUGCUCCGCUGAUGGAUAUAGCCGAUGAUGUCAUUUUCCGGGAUUGAAGCUUGCUCGGGCAUCUUUAUUGGUAUUGGGACAAUGCAAGUGUUUUAUUGAUGUGAAUAGAAGAUCUAGUGUCUUCAAUUGUAAAGUUUAGUUAUAUAAUUUCUAGAGUGUGAAUGUAGCUUUUAGUGUGGAUUGCAAAAUAGAAAAGCUGGUCUCCGAAGGAGGCCACGUAAGUUAUAUAUCGAAAAAUUGCAUGACCAAGUUCCAUCCUAUGAAAAUCUAAGAUGGAAAUAGAUUUUCUUUGUUAUGGUAGUCAAAUAUUGUGUACAAAACAAAAAAGAAAAUAGGCAAUAGCCAAGUUUAUUAUCUUGCCCUUU